AUGGCUGAACCGAGUGCUUCCAUACGCACUGAUCUGGUUGGCGGGAUUUCAUUAAUAUUGAUAGCUUUAUUGAUAAUCAUUAUAACGUUGGUUUUAGUCCAGAGGUUUCAAUUACUAAAACAACGUUCGGACACUUCAAUUGGAGGUUCCAGAUGCAUUAGUGAUGGUACCACAAAAACUGACAGAUCAACAAAUAUUGAGGAAAGUCUAUAUGAAAUUACAAAUCUCCAACUUCUAAAUAUUGGAAGUUCCAGUGAAGCAUCACGCAGUAAUAACGAAACAACAAAGGAACUCAGUGAAACGUCAGGUGAUAAGUUUUUAAGGACAUCUGCAGGCAGAAAUUUUACAGAAAAAGAACAUGAACAUAUGCGGUUGACUGCCACAGAGAUAAGAAGACAAAGGAACAAACUUUUGGUUCAGUAUGCUAACAUAAAUACUAAAAAAAAUAAGAAGAACGAUCGUGUAGAGAAAAAGGCAUUGAAACCGCUCAUUAUGCCAAAGCCAAAAAUGAAGACAUGAUCAGCCUGUGAAACAAUGCUUCUAUUCUCUAUGAGCAACAUUGUUAUUUCUUAAUAUGUACAUUUACAUCAAAUAAGAAUCAAUCAUUGUUAUUCAGGUUACUGUUAAGGAUACCAAUAAUGAUUAUUCGAUCACAUGAAAUAGGAAUAUAUAUAUAUAUAUAUCAGAUAGAGAAAAAAACAACAUCAUAUUAAAACAUAUGCCACAAUAACAGUCAUAUGAAUAUAUAAAUGUAUAAAUUAAAAAGACAUCUAUCCAAAUUUUACACCAUUAAAAGUCAAACCACAAGCAUACACUAUAUUGUCAAUCUAGUCCAAUUGUAAGAUGUAUGAGGCAGCAUCUGCGAACUGAAUUGUUGAAACCUUUGACCGUUUAUACAUUUAUAUUUCUACGAAUUGUAAUCUGAUAUCAAAAUAAAUGAUUUGUACAGUUAUAUUUUUUUUACAAUAAACCAUAUAAUAGCUUAUGAAAUAAAAAGAUGUAUAUAUGUAAUCAUAA